AUGCCAAUCGAUUGCGGUCAUUAUGGCACGCAGUCGCGUUAUGUAGGCAGCGCUUUUGGGAAGCUCACUUCUUCAUUCGGUGGCAGCGUUACGCGAUAUCGAGAUGAAACGCACUCGCAAUGCUUAGACGCCAUUACAUUCCAAACUUACGCCAUUGAACCACAACACUACCUAGCAUUCCUCAAACCAUUCUUAUGCGUGGCACUGACACAUUAUGAACUCGAGUCGUCCACUGCAUGGUCACCAGCAUUCACUCAUUCGUACACGAUUUACGCUUCUACUGCAACGGCGAUGCAGCGUCUGCUUUCGCCACGGUUCACCAGACAUUUGUCAUCUGCAAGCGCUGGCAUUACAGCAGCGCAAUCUUUCGGUCCCCAAGGUGACACAACGGCGACAAUUCCGACAUUGAUACCGUCUUUUGCUACAGCACUUCUUCCUGCGAGUUCGCUUUCUACAGUCCCAACUCUACCCCCCGCAAGUCCAAGCUUAGCGAUUCCACUGCCGUCUUUGAUCCUUGCGCAACACUCUGUCGCUUUAUAUCCUACAACGACUCCUGCACCUGCUGCUUUGAUGUCAGACGCUAUUCCCUUUGACCCACAAUCGGCGCUGCCUUCAGAUGGCGCAACACCUUGGUGGGUGGUCACUGAGUUUCUACAACCCCAUGGUCUGCCGACUGAGCCCUCGUACGUACUUCUUCCGCCGCCGCUAAUACCAGAGCCGACUGCCACCCGAGACGAGGAAAGCCUUUCAACAGUAACCAACCUGCUUGGUCCAACCUUGGAACCGUUGCCGUCGUCCGUCAAUCUAGGUUCACCAGUCAUAGAUGAACCGGCUGUUCCAUUCCCAGACGUCUUCGCCUUCGAUCCGGACGAUUGGCUCUGGCCCUUCGCGGCGCCCUACUCACCCCAAGCCCAGCCCCCUAUUUUAUCCCCCUCCUUCAAGCCCGACGCGCAGGGUAAUCUGCCCACCAAGAAAGACAUUACGAACCGGUACGCCACCAGUGACUCCACAGAUUCCGGCGUUAUCGAAACGGGAAAACUCAUCGCCGACGUCUGGACGUACGAAUUCUACGACACUGGCCUAGUGCACAUCGAUGACACUUUUCUUAACCCUUCGACAAAUAUCUGGGGAUAUCUGCCGGAUGGCACAAGGAUUGGGUUGGACAGCGCGGGGGUGUAUAUUGGGUGGGAGAAGAGGGUCCCUUACGGGCCUGAGAUGCUGGAUGUUAUGAAGGCCUUUUGGCUGCCGGAGCCACAGUGGUUUAUUUAG